CCAUGACCUUACGGUCACCCUGAUUUCGACGGCGCAGCGAACAACAUGGCGGCCACGGGAGUGUUACCUUUCGUUCGUGGUGUAGAUUUGAGUCGAAAUAACUUCAAGUCUGACCUUUUCCCAAAAGAUGUUGCCGAUAUGUCCAGCUUACGAUGGUUGCGUCUGAACAAAACCAGUUUGGAAAUGCUUCCAGAUGAAUUGUCGUCACUUUCAAAGCUGGAGCAUCUUCACAUGGCCAGAAAUAAUCUGAUCCAGAUUCACGGUGACCUGCCUACCCUGCAGUGUCUACGCACCAUCAACGUCAGACAUAACAAGAUUCGCAACUCUGGUAUACCCAAUGACAUCUUUACCUUGGAUGACAUCACAGUUGUGGAUUUCAGUUACAACCAGCUGUCUGGAAUACCUGAGGAGCUUGAGAUGGCCAAGUCAUUGUUGGUACUGAAUCUUAACCACAACAAUAUCUCCAGCAUUCCUCAACAGCUGUUUAUCAACCUGACUGAUCUGAUCUAUCUCAACAUAAGUGACAACAAACUUGAGACACUCCCACCACAGUUGAGACGACUUGGUAAUCUACAGACCUUGAUACUGGACAACAACCCACUCCUUCAUGCACAACUCAGACAACUCACCUCCCUGACCCAGCUUCAGAGCCUGCACCUACGCAACACCCAGCGCAAUCUUAACAAUGUCCCCCCUCAGAUGGAUGCCCUGGUCAACCUGUCUGAUGUGGACCUGUCCUUCAAUCAUCUCAGCGGGGUCCCUGAAGGCCUGUACAAGCUCAGCUCCCUCAAGAGGCUAAACCUAAGCAGCAAUGUCAUUACGGAGCUGUCCAGCGCCAUGGACACAUGGGUCAACUUACAGACCUUGAAUCUGUCGCGGAACAAGCUAAGCUGUCUUCCAUCGGCUUUAUGCAAACUUACCAGCCUCAAGCGGCUGUACAUCAGCUGCAACCAGAUUGAUUUUGAUGGCAUACCCAUUGGAAUUGGCAAACUCAUGAAUCUGGAACAGUUUGUGGCUGCAGACAACAACCUGGAGUCAAUACCUGAAGGACUGUGCAGAUGUCCCAAAAUCAAGAAAUUGAUUCUGACUAAGAAUAGAAUCCUGACACUCCCCGAAGCCAUCCACUUGAUCACAGACCUAGAGGUUCUGGACAUAAGAGAUAAUCCAGAUUGUGUCAUGCCACCAAAGCCAAUGCCCCAGCAGAAGGGUAGUGGAGUGGAGUUUUACAACAUUGACUUCUCUCUCAGUCACCAGCUUCGACUGGUUGGAGCGCUACCACCAACCCCAGGUGGAGGUUCACCAGCCUCCAAGGAUCCCUUGGCACGUAAGCUGCGUCUAAGGCGACGGAGACAAGAGAGCAUGUCACGAGCACAGACCAAGGACCAGGCUGGUGAACAGGCCAAAGUUUUAAAGGGAAUGAGUGAUUUGGCCAAAGACAAGAAUGAAGGAAAAACUUCGGGUUCCGAUGAGCAGGAAGAAGUGAAGCCCAAGAGUUGGCUAGAUGCCCUUGAGAAGCCACAGCUAGACUACAGUGACUUUUUCCCUGAUGACUUGGGACAAAUCGAGGGGCUGACUAUCUGGCAGAUUGAGAACUUCGUGCCUCUGAUGAUUGAUGAAGCACUCUAUGGCAAGUUCUAUGAAGCUGAUUGCUACAUCUUGUUACAUAGUUUCCUAGACGAGAAUGACAUGAUGCAGUGGAAGAUAUACUAUUGGAUUGGCAAUUCCACAUCGUUGGACAAGAAAGCCUGCUCCGCGAUUCAUGCAGUGAACCUACGCAACAUGCUUGGUGCCCGUACCAGAACAAUCCGUGAGGAAAUGGAGGAUGAGAGCCCUGAGUUCCUGGCCCUGUUCGACAAUGAAAUCUCAUACAUAGAGGGUGGUACAGCUAGUGGGUUUUUCAGUGUGGAGGAGAAUGAUCAUACAUUACGUAUGUACAGGGUGUCAGGCACACAAAGUCUGCAUCUUGAGGCUGUUGCCAUGGAGCCUGAGCAGCUGGACCCUUUUUUUGUCUUCAUUGUGGACAUUGGCAUGACAAUCAUGAUCUGGUAUGGCCAACGCUGCAAGUCCUUAACAAAAUCCAAGACAAGGUUGCUGGUGGAAAAGAUCAACAAGAUGGAGCGCAAAAACUUUGCAACCAUCACGAUGAUGGUGCAGGGUGACGAGACUGAGGAAUUCUGGGAAGCCUUAGGGGGUGUAACAGACAACUUUGUCAUCAGGCCUUGGGUUGGUAGCUUUGUCCCUGAGAAACCCAAGCUAUACAAAGCUGGACUGGGCAUGGGAUAUCUGGAGCUUCCUCAGGUUGAAUUGCCAAAGGGCAAGCUGGUACAGUGGCUGUUGGAAACCAAGAAUGUCUACAUAUUAGACUGUAAUGCUGACGUCUUUAUCUGGAUUGGCCGUAAGUCUACCAGGCUGGUCCGAGCAGCUGCCCUCAAGCUCUCCCAGGAGCUUUGCAGCAUCAUUCAUCGCCCAAACUGUGCUAGCGUCGUCAGGGUUCUGGAAGGGUACGAACCCUAUUUGUUCAAGCAGCAUUUUUCCAGCUGGGAUGAGAUCCUAGCUGUGGACUAUACAUGCACCGCAGAGGUGGUGCUCAAAUCAAUGGUUGAGCACAUGCGGACUGAAAGUCAGGUAUUCAAGUCCAAGUUUUCGGGCUGGGAUGAUGUUCUUGCCGUUGACUAUACCCGCCGUGCAGAGGCUGUUCUAAAGAAACCCGCAAUACAGAAGGAUGCAGCAGAUGGACAGAGCGAGAUGAAAACUGACUUAUCAGCUCUCUUCCUGCCAAGACAACCCUCUAUGCCUAGUCAUGAAGCCGAUCAAUUGAUGGAGGAUUGGAAUGAGGAUCUUGAUGGCAUGGAAUCCUUUGUAUUAGAGGGCAAGAAAUUUGUACGGCUUCCUGAUAAAGAAAUUGGUCACUUCUACAGUGGGGACAGCUAUGUGUUCCUCUGUCGCUACUGGGUGCCUAAGGACCUUCCAGAGGAGGGGGAGGAAGAGAAAAAGGCUGACACCCAUGAACGGGAAGAGGAUGAGGACAUAGACAAUGAAGACAAGGAUGAUGAGGAGGAACCUGAGGAGGACUUCCAAUGCACCGUCUACUUCUGGCAGGGCCGGGAUGCCAGCAACAUGGGCUGGCUGACCUUCACCUUUAGUUUACAGAAGAAGUUUGAGUCCUUGUUUGGUGACAAGUUGGAAGUUGUGCGGCUCUGUCAGCAACAAGAAAACCUGAAAUUCCUGUCACAUUUCAAGAAGAACUUUGUGAUCAACCGCGGCCGUCGUCGGUUAUCAUCAGCGGCUGAUUCAGAACAGGAGCAGAGCUUGAACCCAUCCUUCUACCACAUUAGAUCCAAUGGCGGACCACUGAGCACACGUUGUGUUCAGGUGCAUCCAACUGUGCAGUGGCUGAACUCCGAAUUCUGUUACAUUCUGAAGGUACCAUUCAGGAACCAGGACAGUAAGGGAAUUGUCUACUCUUGGAUUGGCAGCAGAGCUGACCCUGAGACAGCCAGAGUAGCAGAGGAUCUGGCCUAUGACAUGUUUGAUGAUACCCACAGCUUCCAGCUCCUCUGUGAGGGAGAGGAGCCAGAGAACUUCUGGUGGGUGGCGCUGGGUGGCCAGCGCAAGUAUGAUGAGGAGGCUUACUAUAUGCAUCACUCUAGGCUCUUCAGGUGUUCCAAUGAGAAGGGUUUCUUCACAGUGUCUGAGAAAUGCUCGGACUUUUGCCAGGAUGAUCUUGCCGAUGAUGAUGUGAUGAUUCUAGAUACAGGCUCUGAGGUGUAUCUAUGGUGUGGGCCAAGCAGCAGUGAAGUAGAGAAAAAGCUGGCCUUCAAGAGUGCCCAGGUGUACGUCCAACACAUGCGCAAUAAGGAAAACGAACCCAAUCGUAAGCUGGCUGUGGUCCGCAAAGGCAGGGAGCCCUGGAAGUUCAUCCGGUGUUUCCAUGGUUGGGGCAACUAUAAAACUGCCCCAAAGUGAACUUCUUCUCAGUCAGUGUAGUAUUAACAAUACCUUAUUAAAAACUCUGAAAAUUAGUAUGGUACAUCCCUGCUUGAAACACCCCCCCCCCAACAAAAAAAGUCCUGUUGUCAGUACAUGAUGCAACACAUAUUCCUCCUUCUUCUGUGUGUUUUUAAGUAAUAAAUCAUAAUGUAACGUGUUAAAUUUGUAACUUCUUUUAAUUUGAACAAUUGAUAUCAAAAGUGAAGACAGAUUAUGCAUUUUUUAUAGAUUUGAAACUCACUUAAUUAGGCUUGAGAAGUUUUCUCUCACAACUCACUGAUCAUGGAGGGUUUACAUAAUUGUAACUCAUGUACACUAUACAGGGUGAGUCAAAAAUAAAGUCACCUAGAUUUAUGAUUUGUUUUCUUAAAAGCAAUCAAAUUUGAUAAACAUGACGUAUUUCUUAAAAAGAGCAUGUUCUUCCACUCAUCUCUAAAAAAGAAUUACUGAAAGUGACGCAUGCUAUCAGAUGUUAUGCUUACUUUACUUACCCUGGGUUCAGACAGGCGUGCUAGAGUCGCGCCGAUCCAAAUUAAAGGCAAGAUUUGAAUUAAGUACAUGAAAAGUUUGACGUCUGAAACAAAUAGAAGCGACUACACGUGCCAGAUGGCGAAAGAUCGACGGUCAGACUCGUUCAGAACGACUCAGGAGCGACUUGGUUUCAGACGUCGCUCUAGUCAUGAGCCAACCUCAAUGCAAAUGUAUGUAAAUGUAUGUAAAUAAGUAGUGACCUUCAAAAAUAAGGACUGCAGGCGAUGUGCUUAAUGCGCAGUGCUUAUAAUUUAAAAGUUUUCUUUUUGCAGAUAUUUAAUCCUUUCAAACACAAGAUUUCGAUGUCGUGUUACAGAGCAAAAGCUUACAAUAAAUGUACGUCCAACUGUCGUCCCAAUACAACACAAUAUUCAUUUUUUUAAAGCAGAAAACCGAGACUUCCAGUAUCCAUGUUGUACAGGCACGGCGCAGUCUUGAAAUACAAAUUGUUCGUACGUGGCGUGACGUGCAAGAGAUAACGCGAGUGCACAUGGUGUACGAAAUGAUCAGUGGUGGACAGCUGAAUUUUGUGAUCUUUUCAUUGAAAUAGAUGUACAUGUACUUUGGGAAUAGACUAUGCAAAUUACAUGAGAAUUUCAGUUACUGCUAGUUGAUAACAUGUACUUUAUCCCUCCGUUAUUUUGUUUAGUGGAGCAAGCCACAUAUUUUUUAAACGUUUGUCUUAUUCUGUCACUUUCUUUUCUACUCGCCCUGUACAGUAGUUUACUAUUAUAGUUGAAAUUGUGUGACUCUCGGAUUAUCUUUCCUAACUUGAUACUCAGUUUUUCCAUCCUUGACAAAAUAAUGUUUUUGUUUUGUUUCCUUUGGUUGGUUGGUUGUGUGUAUUUGUGUCUUGCUGCAGCCAUAUUCAUGAAACAUUACUCACUUAGCAGCCAACUAGGCCUUAGUAGGAUACUAAUAUGCCUAAUAGUCAUGGUAGUCUACUAUGGAGUUGACAACUAAAUUGU